AUGCACAAAUUGAAGAAGAUUGCAAAAUUGAUGAAAACAAUCAAUACGGUCCCAGCGAAAGAGCGCAUAUCGAUGCUGUACACGUUCCCAGAAAAUGCGCUUUGCAACGACUGCAAGAGCAUCAAUCCGACAUGGGCGAAUCUGAACUUUGGGAUACUGCUGUGCACGGCUUGUGCAGGCAGGCACAGAGAGAACAAGCACUACAAGAUUAGAAGCCUCCUGUUUGAUAGGAUUAGUGACAAUGAGGUGUUGCGUGUUCUGGUCGGCGGAAAUGGCGAUUAUUUUGGGGACAGCGACGACACCACAGGCAAGUACAAGGAGUAUGAGUGGUAUGCAGACGAGUUAGCAGAGAGGAUAAACAAAAUGAAGGAAAUGGAGGGCGAUACGACGAAAACGGCAGAACAAGAUGUUAAAGUUGAUGAUGGAAAAGCUGGCAUGAGAAUAGAAAGAACGCUGGAAAUCAUGAAGAGCAAGAGGACCUCGAAAAUUGGGAGUAAAUCGAUUGAAGAAAUAAAGAAAAAGCGCCAAAGUGAAAAGAAGGAGGAUAAAACAGUGGUGAAGGAAGUGCAGAAGCAGGAAAAGACCGUUGUUAAGGAGGUCAAGCCGAAAAACGUCACCGAGACGAAGCCGUAUGAACCAACGGUCGUUGCAUUUGAGCGCGGAACCGGUGCUUACACGCUAAAGGGACAGCCAUCGGGAGAUGUAGGCCUUCUCGAUACCAAAAUAGAGGAUGCGGGUGGAAACGGGUACAACUACAAGAACAUAAAGUUCCACAGCGCGAAGAAGGAGAAGAGCGUUAUCAAAAAGGUGGCAGAAGGGAGUAAAAAUGUGAUGUCCGGUUUAAUCAACAAAUUCAAUAAAUAAAGCUAUUCUGUUGUUUAUCGCAGGGAAUAAACCCGGUUUGUUAUCAAACAAGAAA